AUGCCAAUCUUGCCAAACUCGCCCGACUUGGCCGACGCGCUAGAGACGGCAGUCGUCGCAGCGGCGAGCAUGGCGGAGCCGGUGACGAGGGCGUCGCGGCGGCUGGAGUCGGCGCGCAUCGUGCACGCGGCGCGGGGCGUCGUCACGACCGGGCGGCCGGACGAGAGCGCAAGCCCUCACGCGUUGGCCUGCACAAGCUUUUCCGGCAAACAAAAAGGAAAACAGAGGGUCCCCAGCACUUUGCGUUUCCGGAAAUUUCCAGGGAAAACAGAGGGUGUUUGGUGCUCCAUUCUGGAAACUCGCGAGUUUCCCUGA